AUGGCUGCCAAUGGCUCAACCUACGCUCUCAGCAACUCCCACAAGGAGAUGCUCGAGAAGUCUCUCAUCGAGACCGACCCCGAGGUCGCCGCCAUCAUGAAGGACGAGAUUCAGCGCCAGCGCGAGUCCAUCAUCCUCAUCGCCUCCGAGAACGUCACCUCCCGCGCCGUCUUCGAUGCCCUCGGCUCCCCCAUGUCCAACAAGUACUCUGAGGGCUACCCCGGUGCCCGCUACUACGGCGGUAACCAGCACAUCGACCAGAUCGAGAACCUCUGCCAGAAGCGUGCCCUCGAGGCCUUCCACCUCGACUCUGAGAAGUGGGGUGUCAACGUUCAGUGCCUCAGCGGCAGCCCUGCCAACCUCCAGGUCUACCAGGCCAUUAUGCCCGUCCACGGCCGCCUCAUGGGCCUGGAUCUCCCCCACGGUGGCCAUCUGAGCCACGGCUACCAGACCCCCCAGCGCAAGAUCUCUGCCAUCUCCACCUACUUCGAGACCAUGCCCUACCGCGUCGAUCUCGAGACCGGCAUCAUCGACUACGACACUCUUGAGAAGAACGCCAUCCUGUUCCGCCCCAAGGUCCUCGUCGCCGGUACCUCCGCCUACUGCCGCCUCAUCGACUACGGCCGCAUGCGUAAGAUUGCCGACUCUGUCGGUGCCUACCUCGUCGUCGACAUGGCUCACAUCUCUGGUCUCAUCGCCGCCGGCGUCAUCCCCUCCCCCUUCGAGCACGCCGAUAUUGUCACGACCACGACCCACAAGUCCCUCCGUGGCCCCCGCGGCGCCAUGAUCUUCUUCCGCAAGGGCGUCCGUUCCGUCGACGCCAAGUCGGGCAAGGAGACGCUCUACGACCUCGAGAACCCCAUCAACUUCUCCGUCUUCCCCGGCCACCAGGGCGGCCCCCACAACCACACCAUCACCGCCCUGACCGUCGCCCUGAAGCAGGCCGCGUCGCCCGACUUCAAGGCCUACCAGCAGAAGGUCGUCGACAACGCCAAGGCUAUCGAGGCCAAGUUCAAGGCCCUCGGCCACAAGCUCGUCGCCGACGGCACCGACUCGCACAUGGUCCUCCUCGACCUCCGCCAGUUCAGCCUCGACGGCGCCCGCGUCGAGGCCGUCCUCGAGCAGAUCAACAUUGCCUGCAACAAGAACGCCAUCCCCGGCGACAAGUCGGCCCUCACCCCCUGCGGCAUCCGCAUCGGCACCCCUGCCAUGACCUCGCGCGGCUUCGGCGAGGCCGACUUUGAGCGCGUCGCCACCUACAUUGACGAGGCCAUCAAGAUCUGCAAGGAGGUCCAGGCCGCCCUGCCCAAGGAGGCCAACAAGCUCAAGGACUUCCGCGCCAAGGUCGCCGGCGGCGAGGUCGCCAAGAUCAACGACCUCCGCAAGGAGAUCGCCGCCUGGUGCCAGGGCUUCCCCCUGCCCAUCGAGGGCUGGCGCAUGGACGCCGGCCUCUAA